AUGUGUACCUACCUAUGUACUUAGAUACCUACAUUUCUGAAAGUACCGAAUUUUUCAGAAUGUUCACCAGGCGAUUGAUUUUCUGCAUAAUAUCAUUACCUCUUAUCUCAUCAUCGAUAUCUUCAUUUCUCGAUAGAUUUAUACCUGGACAAUUAGAUGUUACAAGAAAUAGUCCGACAUGCCAAAACGAAAGAUGCAACAAGUUAUGUGACGAAAAAUAUCCAAAGACUUCCGAACAAGUGAUCAAUACUGUCGGCUGGUGUCAAAACACCGUUUGCCAGUGUAUUUUUGUGAGACGCAAUCUUCACAGGGAAAACUUUUUCAAUUUUUUCAGUUCCACUAUUGGUCCUGAAAGUUUUCCUACUACUCUGAAAUAGACUGUUCCGAAAGUGCUGUGUUUUUAUUUGAAUAAAUUUUCAGUCUUAAUUAAAUUGAUGGUUAUUCCAUCACAAUGUGAAAAAUUCUCAGUAGCUUUAGCCCACAUGCCUGGUAUUAUCUUAAGGACGUAUGUUCAUGAAUUUUUGAUGAUAAAUUAUGUUCAAUGCCUGAUAAGAAUUUAUGAGGAAUAGUUAACCUUGUAGUAUGUUUCCCAAUAGAUAGAACGAUUUUUUAUCAAAAUUUGAAAUGAAUUUGAAACUGUUUCGUAUUAACCGACGAAUAUUAACAAUUUGCAAAAUUUCAUUAUGUGUGUUUUGUUUUUCAGUCAUUUUUUACUUCGACGUACCGAUUUACUUGUUGUACCGCAAAAUUUAUCUUUCGAAAGGAAAUUCAAAUGGUGGAGAAAUUUAUAAACCAAAUGGGAAAAUUCAUAAACCUACCCCAAAAUUUCACAGAAUACAUCAACAAUUUAAUAGCGAAGAAUACCAUACGUUCAAAUCUUUGGAAGAAGAAAGACGGGAGUAUCAAGAAUUUCAACGCAUACGUGCAGAACACUUGAAAUUGAUACGAUUGGAUAGACUAGCUAAACACCCUUUUGAAGCAGAAAAUGCCGAAGAUUAUUCUAGUGACGACGACGACGAUGAUGAUGACGAAGAGGACGAAGAUGAUGACGCUAACAACGAUGAAGUUGUCAUACAAUAUCUUUAUAAAUCCAAUAAUGAAGAAAUAGAAGAAAUUGAUACUAAAGAAAUUGAAUAUCAACUUGAAGGAGAAAAAUUGCCAUCUGUCGUACUUCCUCCUGGAUUAUUACAAUGGGGUCGUUUAUAUUCACUGUUUCAUUACCUCAAACCCUCAAUUCCAGAAAAUGAGAGAGAACCCAUAGGAUGGGAAAAAAAUGUCAGCCGUAGAGCCAUUGAUUAUAUUAAUCAAAACUACGAUACAUCAUUCACACAUUUUUCAAAAGAUAUCUGCAUUGUGAGACAGCCACAAAUAUUGAUAAUAAUUUGUUCUCGUCCACGAAAUGUUUUCUUACGCCAAAGCAUUCGUUUAACCUGGGCACGAUGGGCGGAUCAAUACAAUAUCACGAUUUUAUUUUUAAUGGGGUACCCCGUUGAUAAUCGAUUAGAUGCAAAAUUAUUGGAAGAGAGCAAUUUACGACGAGAUCUAAUUCUUGAAGGGUUUGACGAUACGUACAAUAAUUUAACUUUGAAGACGAUUUUCAUGCUAAAAUGGGUACAAAUGUACUGUGCAGAAGUUCCAUUCGUAUUGAAGCUAGAUGACGAUGUUUAUGUAAACUUGGAAAAUUUACACAAUUACGUAAUGAAAAUUCAAAAAAAUGAUCUCAGUAAGCUUUUAGUGGGAAAAGUUGAACCGAAUGCGAAACCUUAUCGAGACCUCACUAACAAAUGGUACAUGCCAUAUUAUUUAUACAAAUCGGAACAGUAUCCGAAUUACACUCAAGGUGUAGCGUAUUUAAUGUCUAAACAAGUGGCUUCGAAAUUAUACGAAUACUCUUUAACUAAAGAAUUUCUUCAUCUAGAAGAUGUAUUUCUUACAGGAAUAUGUGCUCAAGAGCUUGAUAUAACACCAAUCGAUCAAGAAGAAUUUCGUUUCACAAAAGAACCUCAAAUUGGAUGUCAUGACGAACUUUUCCCCAAAUUAGCAAUAGUAUCUCAUCAUGUUAAAGUUCUCGAUAUGUACAAAAUCCAUUAUAGAGCUUUAAGUUGCUCCGUAAUAUCGUUUUAA